AUGAAAGUGCCACUCCUUGAGUGGAAGAGUGUGGGGGUUGCUUCGGAAGACGGUUACGAUGCCGUUGAAUGUGUCGGCAAAACCGAGCGGGGGCUCAAUAGUGGUCUACUCGCUCUAGCACUCCCUCGUCCUACGCGCAGCCUCGCCGGGUGUGUACCGGCAGUCUCAGUGCGCACAGCGUGCCGCGCGUGUACGCGACGGGGGCGGGUACCGCAAGGCGCAAGCAGACCGCACUACCUAAACCAAAAAGAGGCAGGAAACGUGGGAGAAAAAACGAUGUGGUAA